AGAUGUUGUGCUGGAGCGGUUCGGCUAAGGGCAAGGAGAAAUCUGGUUCGAUUCCGGUUUAUCUGAAUGUCUACGAUCUAACUCCUAUGAACGCUUAUGGUUACUGGCUUGGACUUGGAGUCUUUCACUCUGGCGUUGAAGUUAAUGGAGUUGAAUUUGCAUUUGGAGCACAUGAAUCUUCAAGCACAGGUAUCUUUGAAGUAGAGCCAAAGAAAUGUCCCGGUUUCACAUUUAGGAAAUCGAUUCUCGUGGGCAAAACCGACAUGGUUGCUAAAGAAGUCCGUGUCUAUAUGGAGAAGCUAGCUGAAGAGUAUCGAGGGAACAAGUACAAUCUCAUCACAAGGAACUGUAACCAUUUUUGCAAUGAAGUUUGUAUUAAACUUACUCAGAAACAAAUCCCUAGAUGGGUAAACCGGCUUGCUCGCUUAGGUAAACCAAAAUCAAGUAAAAAUCAAAGACACCGUGCGACUAGAGCUCAAGACCAGAAGUCGCCAAGCGUAAGCGUCAAGACU